AUGGACGCGUUAGAUGUAUCUUGCUGGCUCGACGCUGAUUGGCCGACGCACGCUGACAAGAUCAUGCUGUCAGCUGGGGCGACGAAUAGCAGAGGAACACGUGGCAGCCAUCAUCGGAGACGGAGCAGCAGCAGGGAAGGGGGAGGCGCGUGGGUGCCAGCAGAAGUGAAAUUCGUGUCGGGAAAUCACCUGGUAAUUUCCGCUGGCGGGAAUCAGCACGUGUUGGGCUGGCGUCAUGGCCCCGCAGGAAACGGAAACGGAUUGCCACGUGGGUUAGGUGGUUUUUAUGCAAGUGCUGGUUACAAGGGUGGUGGUGCCAACAGAAGGAGCAGCGGGAGCGACGCGGGAAGCUCUAGGCUUAUUGACGAAGGGCGGCCGCUACCGCAGUCAUCAUCAUUAUCGUCAUCAUGGUCAACUCCGUCCGCGCACUCCCCCUCGUCCCGCGCCCGUCGCGCUUCCGCCUACCCGCGCCCCUCAAACGCCCAGCCGUUCCCCUUCUCCCCGCAGCCCUGUCCGCUCUUCACCUCCCCGUUGUCCUCCGCCCUGUCCUCCGCCUCCCCGCACACCCCUUCCCCCGCCCCCGCCCCCGCCCCCGCCCCCUCCUCCUCCCCCUCCCCUUUCUUCCCCCAGCAAGAGAGCCCUCCCCCAAGGCGCAACCUCCAGUUCGGUUCCCCCUCCCCAUCCCCGUCCCCGUCCCCAUCCCCAUCGUCCCACUUCCCCUCGUCCUCAUCGACCUUGUCCGCCCCACCGACUGCAGCUGCAGGGCAGUUUGAUGCCAGAGCUGAUGCCUCCUGCAUGACCCUUCGCGAGUCAGAUCAGGGGGAGCAGGGAAGGGCGGAGGGCAGGAGGGAAGGGGAGCAAGGGAGAGUGCAGGGCGCGGGGGAAGGGGAGCAGGCGGGGGAGCAGGACGGGGAGCAGGGGGGAGAGCAAGACGGGGAGCAGGGGGAAGAGCAGGACGGGGAGCAGGGGGGAGAGCAAGACGGGGAGCAGGGGGAAGAGCAGGACGGGGAGCAGGGAAGGGUGAAGCCUGGGGCGCAAGGGACGCAUGGGACGCAGAGAAGGGUUCAGUUCCAGGAGAACGCCGUUGCUGGUUCCGGUCCGUAUCUCGUUAGAGAGUCCGAGACGAGCCGCAGAGCUGGUAUGACAGGUAGGUGGAAAGGGAAGAACCGCAUAGCUGGUGGUACUGCUGAUGCAGCUGAUUCUGACCGCCUCUCCUCCUCCCUGCCCAACCCGUCUCCCGCUUGGUCCCCUUCCCCCUCCGCCUCCUCUCCCCGCUCCUCCCUUCGCUCCGCCUCCCUGCACGCGCCCUUCGAGUUGUACCAAUCGCUGGCGUCCAGGUCAGCAGCAGCCGGCGCCAGCAAGGCGAUGAGGCGGCAGCAGCGGAAAGAGAGGCAGCGGGCGGCAGAGAUAGCAGAGGCAGGGGGGGUGCGCAGUCAGCUCUCCGCUGGGAGUGCUGCUGUGGAGGUGGCUGGGGAGAGAGGGGCGUGGGGAGCGGAAGUAGGUGGGGGAAGGGGGUCGGGGAGGGGAGCGGAGGGGAGGGGAGGGGCGGGCGGAGGGGUUGGUGGUGGAAGGGGUGGAGGGGGGAAGGGGGAGGAGGAGCAUCUGGUGAGGGUGAUGCCUAACCAGCUGGAGCCGUCACCGCUGUGUUCCCUGCAGGGACUCUGGAAGGGCGUGUGCCAGCACAGUAGCCUCGAUUUCAUCCUGCUCACAUGCAGCGAAUCUGGACAGCUGCAAUGCCGCAGGGUGGCCCAGUACAAGCAGCCCCCACCGCACGCUCGCGCGGUUACCACCACCGCCACCCGCAGCAGCGAGCGGCGCCAGCGACGGCGACAGGCAAGGGCACGAGCUGAGGGGAGAGCCGAGGGGAGAGGGGGGGGUAGCAGUGGAGAGAAGGGAACAGGAGGAGGAGUAGCAGCAGCAAGAGUAGACGAGACAGCACGAGGCGUUUCGCACAGGGAGGAGAACGAGAGGGGAGCAAGGGAGGGGAGGAGGGGGGAGGAAAGUGGGCAAAGGAGGCAGGGAGGGGGAGGAGGGGAAGGAGGAAGAGAGCAUGGGAGGUCAGUGCAAGCAGCUCCGUGUAGCAGUGGGUACAGCAGACCAGGGAAAGCAGGGGCGCUCAGGGGCAAUGGUGGCAGCAGUGGGGGAAGCAGGAGCAGUGGGCAGGCUGCUGCUGCUCCUAUGAUUCCAGGUAAUGUGUCUCGCUACACUUCCGACUGA